CACCCCUGUAAUAUAGCGAGAGAAACCCCGUCAAUCCUUCCUUUCCAAGAUGGCACCGAAGCCGAAGAAGGAAGCUGUCCCAGCCAAGACUGAGGCCAAGUCCAAGGCACUGAAGGCCAAGAAGGCCGUGCUGAAGGGCGUCCACAGCCACAAGAGGAAGAAGAUCAGGACCUCUCCCACCUUCCGCAGACCCAAAACCCUCCGCCUGAGGCGGCAGCCCAAGUACCCUAGGAAGAGUGCUCCUCGCAGGAACAAGCUGGACCACUAUGCCAUCAUCAAGUUCCCUCUGACCACCGAGUCUGCCAUGAAAAAGAUUGAGGACAACAACACCCUGGUGUUCAUUGUGGACGUUAAGGCCAAUAAGCAUCAGAUCAAACACGCUGUCAAGAAGCUGUAUGACAUCGAUGUGGCUAAAGUGAACACACUGAUCAGGCCUGAUGGUGAGAAGAAGGCAUACGUCCGUCUGGCACCAGAUUAUGAUGCCUUGGAUGUUGCAAACAAGAUUGGCAUCAUUUAAACUGUUCAUCGUGACGUGUACAGAAAAAUAAAUGUUCUUAGAAAUGUU